GGCGAGUCACCUUAUUGGCGCGAUGUUUAGUAUAAACGUCCUUUAAGUAGCUCUUAAAGAUUAAUCUAAAUAAGUUGUAUUGAGAUUUCGUAUGCGCCAGGAUUAUUUUUUACAAAUCACAGAUCAAACCACUGACGACCAUUUUAUCUAUGAAUCAGCCUUCAAAUAAAAGACAAAGCUUACAAGCUUGUUACAAAUCUGAUGGAAAAUCUGAAAGUCGAUUCGAAGAAAUAGAAAGAAAAAUUGAGAAAAUUGAGGAAAAAUUGUCAUUUGAAUCGAAUAAGCAGACAGAAACUGAGCUUACUUUAAAGAAAUUAAUUGAUCAAGUUGAACUUAUGAAACUUGCUGCUUCGAAUUCGAUGCAAACUACAAAACCAAUAUCUGUGAAAAGACAAGGACAUCGGAAAACUUCAUUAACUACGUCCAGUGUCCCGUAUUCACAGAAUGAGAAUCAAAUAUUGAACCCAGGUGCCUUUACAUGCCCUGAUGAAUCGUCGUCUGAUAAUCUACCUAAUCUGUUGAAAAGUGAGAAAACACCCAAUGUAGUCUAUACUUAUAUUGAUAAUUACCUUAAAGCCUGUAUGUCUAGUGUUGAGAAGAAAUUGUUUGGCAAAUUAGACAUCUGCUAUAAUAAAAUCCAAUCUUUUGAAGCACAUGCAAAUCAAAAUAAAUCUGAAGAUGAUAAUAGACUGACGAAUUCAGAAGAAAUCCCUCUAAGUCAAGAAGAAAGUAGUUCAGAGAUGAGUGUUUACUCUGAAUAUCAGGUAUAUUUUACUUUAUUGGUUGUUCGAAUGAAUGGCAUUUACAUCAAUACUGUCAACCAGUAUUUUAAUCGUCCAACUUCAGCACUCGAUUUACGGUAUCAUUACUUCAUUUUUCAAGGUUUAGGCAGUCACAGCUUUAUUAAAUACCACAGUACACGUUGUUCAUCGCCUAGUCCUUGAACUUAUAAACUUAAUCCCUGAGUUUGUUGCUUAUAUUUCGCAUGUAUUGUUACCGUACUCUGGCAAAGUAGGAAAUAACUUUUGUGUUUCAGACGGAAAAUUUAUUUCAUUGUAUUUGUUUGCAAGAUAAUACUUUGAUUAUUAGUAUUUAUUUGUUAUACUCCGGACCUUAGUGUUUAAAAAAUAUGUUUGUCAUUCUAACUGUAUGAUGAAUUAAUUUGUCUUAGUAUAAACCAAAUAAAUGUUUUGUGCUUCCAGGUUAUAUAAAUAUGUAUACACAUGCGAAAGCGCUACUAAAAAAAUAAGGCACAAUAAUGGAAUGAUAAUCUUGCAAAAUAAUUGAAGAGGGGAAAGUCGUUUACUCAGUAAUUAAUUGAACAAAAAUAUUAUUUCAUAUGAUUUAUACUUCAGUUAAAAAUUACACCAUGGUAAGUUCCUUCUAACUAAGAAGGUUCAUCUUAUUGGGAUGAAGAAUAUGAUAGACCCCCUACUAAAUUCUAUCCCAAGUCAUGUUUGGUAAUAUUUCAAGCAGUUGAGUUGCGUGAUCUCUAUAACCUCAAUAAGAAAGUCGGUGAGAAAUUAAAACCGCCACCACAAAAUUCCUUCAGAGCUGUUUCUAGAAUUUGUAGUGUCGGGUGCUAUGUCAAGCCCAUAUAGCUUAUUCUCUCUUCCAGACAGGCCAAUUUAUUCACUCUUCUUGAGUCACAUUUUGACCUUUUUAAUUAUUCGCUUAUUAAUCCGAACUUUUUAUAUGAUCGUGUGUGUGUGUAUUGCUUACCAUAUUCCUCACAUGUUUGUAACUUAUUUCUCCACUGCGCAUUGUUUCGCUUCGUUUCUCCGAUCGUUUGUCUGGACUAACUAUUGUAUGAAAUACAUGUACUUGAAAUCCACUCA